GAUAGAACCUCUAGUCUCGUGGAGAGAUUGAAGAUGGCGGCUUCUCAGGCGGUGGAGGAAAUGCGGAGCCGCGUGGUUCUGGGGGAGUUUGGGGUUCGCAAUGUCCAUACUACUGACUUUCCCGGUAACUAUUCCGGUUAUGAUGAUGCCUGGGACCAGGACCGCUUCGAGAAGAAUUUCCGUGUGGAUGUAGUACACAUGGAUGAAAACUCACUGGAGUUUGACAUGGUGGGAAUUGACGCAGCCAUUGCCAAUGCUUUUCGACGAAUUCUGCUAGCUGAGGUGCCAACUAUGGCUGUGGAGAAGGUCCUGGUGUACAAUAAUACAUCCAUUGUUCAGGAUGAGAUUCUUGCUCACCGUCUGGGGCUCAUUCCCAUUCAUGCUGAUCCCCGUCUUUUUGAGUAUCGGAACCAAGGAGAUGAAGAAGGCACAGAGAUAGAUACUCUACAGUUUCGUCUCCAAGUCAGAUGCACUCGGAACCCCCAUGCUGCUAAAGAUUCCUCUGACCCCAACGAACUGUACGUGAACCACAAAGUGUAUACCAGGCAUAUGACAUGGAUCCCCCUGGGGAACCAGGCUGAUCUCUUUCCAGAGGGCACUAUCCGACCAGUGCACGAUGAUAUCCUCAUCGCUCAGCUGCGGCCUGGCCAAGAAAUUGACCUGCUCAUGCACUGUGUCAAGGGCAUUGGCAAAGAUCAUGCCAAGUUUUCACCAGUGGCAACAGCCAGUUACAGGCUCCUGCCAGACAUCACUCUGCUUGAGCCCGUGGAAGGGGAGGCAGCUGAGGAGUUGAGCAGGUGCUUCUCACCUGGUGUUAUUGAGGUGCAGGAAGUCCAAGGUAAAAAGGUGGCCAGAGUUGCCAACCCCCGGCUGGAUACCUUCAGCAGAGAAAUCUUCCGGAAUGAGAAGCUAAAGAAGGUUGUGAGGCUUGCCCGGGUUCGAGAUCAUUAUAUCUGUAAGAAAGAUUUGCCGGCUGCGGUGGCUCACAUCUGUAAUCCCAGCACUUUGGGAGGCCAAGGCAAGUGGAUCACGAGGUCAAGAGAGCGAGACCAUCCUCGCUAACAUGGUGAAACCCCGUCUCUACUAAAAAAUACAAAAAAAAAAAAUUAGUCGGGCAUGGGGGCAAGCGCCUGUAGUCCCAGCUACUCGAGAAGCUAAGGCAGGAGAAUGGUGUGAACCUGGGAGGCGAAGCUUGCAGUGAGCCAAGAUCACGCCGCUGCACUCCAGCCUGGGCAACAGAGCAAGACUCCGUCUCAAAAAAAAAAAAAGAAAAGAAAGACAGAGAUUCAACUAUUAAUAAGGGUCUGAAUGAGAAUGAAGUGUUAAAACUGCUGCUUCUGGCUGGGUGUGGUGGCUCAGGCCUGUAAUUCUAGCACUUUGGAGGCUAAGGCAGGAGGAUUACUUGAGCCAGGAGUUUGAGACCACCCUGCGGAACAUAAUACAGACCCAUCUCUAUAAAUAAUAAUAAAAACUAGCUGGGUGUGGUGGUGCACAUCUGUGGUCCAGUCCAGGCUCUUCAGGAAGCUGAGGUGGGAGGAUCACUUGAGCCUGCACUGAGCUUUGAUAGCACCACUGCAUUCCUGCCUGGGUAACACUGAGACCCUGUCUCAAAAAAAAAAAAAAAAAAAGUGCUUCUAAAAACACAGAAAAGGGAUAAAAGUUUUAUCUUUCACAGCUGGGCAUGGUGGCUCACACCUGUAACCCCAGCACUUUGGGAGGCUGAGGCAGGCAGAUUACUUGAGGUCAGGAGUUUGAGACCAGCCUGGCCAACAUGGCGAAAACCUGUCUCUACUAAAAAUACAAAAAAAUUAGCUGGGCGUAGUAGCAUGCGCCUGUAAUUCCAGCUACUUGGGAGGCUGAGGCACAAGAAUCACUUGAACCCAGGAGGUGGAAGUUGCAGUAAGACAAGAUCAUGCCACUGCACUCCAGCCUGGGCAAUAGUGCAAAACUCUGUCUCAAAAAAUAGGAAUAAAAAUCAGCUGGGCGUGAUGGUGCACACCUGUAAUCACAGCUAGUUGGGAGGCUGAGGACAAGAAUCGCUUGAACCUGAGAGGCAGAAGCUGUGAGCCGAGAUCAUACCACUGCACUCCAGCCUGCGCAACAGAGUGAGCAAGACUGUCUCAAAAAAAAAAAAAAAAGUUUUAUCUUUAAUAUUUCCGAGAAGGGGGAAGGUAAAAAUUUACCCCUAAGGAAAAGUUUAUGGCCAUCUGGACUGCCUUCAUGUUUUCCCUGCAAUCUGCCAGUGUUUUUAAUGACAUGAUGCACUUAGAUACAUAAUCUCAUCUCUUCCUUCCAGUUCUGCCUCUUCCCUCUGGUUGCUGUGACCUGUUUGUUUCUCUCUCUCAUUUUCUGACCUUUUGGGUUAUGUAGAGACUUUUGAAAGGAUAUGAAGCAUAGGUCUGAGUCGGUAGUCAGGAAUAUUGUUCAAGUUGACAAAGGCUGAGCUGAGAAGCUGGGUAGCAAGGUCCUCCACAGUAUAGAAGUCUUGCUGCAUGGAAGGGCCUGCCUUCCCUAGGAUAUGAAAACUGUAAAGGGGAAAAAAAAGAGCAUUGAAAAUGACAAAUCCAACAUCUGUUACUGCCAGCCCUGACUGUCCCAUGAAUUUCAUUUCUAGCCUACAAUAAGGUUUUUCAGCCAGAAAAGCAGUUGUAUUUACUUAAGAGAACUUAUAGAUACAGCAUCUUUUUAAAGACAGAUGUUGGUGGCCGAGAUCAGCAGUAGCUUUCAUUACUAUUUAAUGUGGACUUACAAUGGACGAUCUCAUUAGCUUGGCUGACUAGUGUAGUGGUUAGUGAGGCCAAAGCCCAUGAGGGCCAGUUACCUCCCCAACCCACAACCAGUAUCCAGCCACCCGACUCCUAUGAGAAGUAUGCCGCAAGCAGUGUAGGGUCUAAGCAAUCCCCACCACUUUUAGCUUCGACUUGGGUUUCAUCAUUUUAUACACUAGAAACACAGACAAGUUGGGCAUGAAGCAGGCUGGAUUGUGAGGCUCAUAUGACAAUUACAAAAAAAGCAAAUGCAGGAAAGCAGGCUGUUCAUUUCUAUUUAACACUAGAAUGAUAAGUUUCCUAUCAAAUUCUUGCCUCACCUUACCUGUACACUAGAUGAAAAGUCCAACCCAUGGACAUUCCUAUACAAUACAUAUCGAGGAAGAAAAUAUGGAGAGGCAGCAUUGGUUCCUUACCAGUUUUCAUAGAGGGUGGAGAAGAAACGCUGCAUUCUUUCCAAGACGGUUUUGAAGACAGGAGAGUCAUUGAGUUCCAAGAGAGGUUGAGGUAAUCCUACAGGGAAAUACGGGUCAAGAACAUGAUGCUCCACUGUCAGGAGUCUCAAUUGGCCAACACUCUACAGCAGGAAGAUGUUGUUCAGGGGUGAAGAUGUGUGCAUGUCUGGUGCUGUACUGCAAAGCAGUUGGCUACGUGAUUUGCUGCACUCUUUUAGUAGGAGAAGGUGAAAGCUACUUAAGGACCCAGGACUUUAGACCCGGGUACUCUUUUAUCUGCUUUUUUUUUUUUUCCCCAGAUGGAACCUGUACCAGAAAAAGUGACAACUCAGAAGUAUUUUUCCAUAAAGCUCUGGGGAUGCUCCCACAAUUAAGUUAUGAAGCCCCUUUUUUAAGCAAAAUCUUACACAAAACACUAAGAUGUGUAGCAGCUAAAAAUGAAACCCACUUACCUUAGUAUUAAAAACUGCCUUAAAAGAUCUAUAUUUUUAAGUGUAAUCAGAGGUUUUACAUUUCGAGUCCUAUAGUCAGAAGCUAUCUGCGGGAACUGUUUGUCCAUUCUAGUAUUUCUGGUUGGCCACUUAUUUCUAUAGCAGGAGUUCCUGACUUAACUUGAAUAAUGGCAUGGGGGUGUGUGGUAAGCAACACCUACUUUUUAUAUUAAUAGCUAUACAUUUCUUGGAAGUUCUACUUUUACUGGUGUCUGCAACAUAACCCUUAAAUUGAAUGGUGUCAAAGGAAAAGAUUCAGGACUAUCUAGGCUGAAACAGACAGACAUGAGUUCUGGAAAGGCAAAUUAACAUCCUUCCUUUGGCUAACUUCACAGCUGAGGAAUGCCAUUGGAUUGCUUGACCACAGCCGGGCUCAGACACAGGUUAUAGCUGAUGACAAAGACAAACUAUGGGGGCUGUGAUGGUGAGCCAGCCUGAAGCUUCUGAGAUGGGAACAAGGUUUAGACAACUGAUGCCUCUAGCUCUAGCUUCAUCCCACAUUCCCAGACUAGCUCCCUGUGCUCCAGCCACAUGAUUCAACCAUCUCUAUGUUCUGGACAUACCAAGGCCUUUUCCUCUUGCCUCAGAUCUUAUACCUGCCAUUCUGUUUGUCCAGAAUGCCCAGCAUUUCCUCAUGCCCCUAACCUAGCUAGUUCCUACUCAUCCUUCAAGUCCCCAUUGGGAGUCAGCCUUCUGACUUCCCUCUGAGACUGGGUUAGGUCUCCCGAUAAACACUCAGAGCCCUGCCACUUUCCUUCACAGCAAAUACCACAAUUAUGACUGCACAGUUAUUUUCAUGCUUAUUUUCAAUGGGAAAAUGAAUUAAAGCAGUAUCCUAACAAGGUCACAACUGGAAGGCCAGGCGUGGUGGCUCAUGCCUAUAAUCCCAGCACUUUGGGAGGCCAAGGCAUGCAGAGCACUUGAGGUCAUGAGUUUGAGACCAGCCUAGCCAACAUGGUGAAACCCUGUCUCUACUAAAAAUACAAAAAAUUAGCCAGAUGUGAUGGUGCAUGCCUGUAGUCCCAGCAGGCUGAGGUGGGAGAAUCACUUGAACCUGGGAGGCAGAGGUUGCAGUGAGCCGAGAUUGCACCACUGUACAGCAGCCUGGGUGACAGAGUGAGACUCUCAAGAAAACAAAACAAAAAAGGUAACAAUUGGGAAAUGGCUUAAAAUCUAUUCCUUUAAAAACUUUGAUAUCUAUCUACACACACACACACACACACACACACACACACACACACACACACACACACACACGAGGAGGCAGGAAAGUAUACAAAUAUCCUUCAGGUUAAAGGCCAUGAUUUAUUUAUAAUUGAAUGGCUGUAACACCCACCACAACCUACUGGCUAAAUUGAAGAAGGGGUUAACGGGGAAAAAAAAUAAAUUGCCUUCGAUGUUUUCUGUAUGCUAAGAUAAUGAAGUAAAUACACUUGUUCAUAUAGAGCUUAUAGGAACUCCACAUUCUGCAUUUCUGAACAAAUAGAUGGUCAAGGCAGUGCAAGACAAGAUGGAAGAAGCACAAGAUAGGCUGAAGCUGCUCAAGGAACCCAUAAGAACACCUGUAAUCACUAGGAUUCUAGUGCUUUGAAAGGCCAUGGUGGGAGGACUGCUUGAGGAUAAGAGUUCAAGACCAGCCUGGGCAACAUAGCAAGACUGUCUCAACAAAAAAAUUUUAAAGUUCGUCUGGCGUUGUGAUCCGCCUGUGGUCCAACUACUCAGGAGGCUGAGGCAGGAAGACUGCUUGAGUCCAAGAGUUUCAGCCUACAGUGAGCUAUGGUUGCACCAGUGCACUCUAGCCUGGGUGACAGAGAUUAUGACUCUCAAAAAACAACAAAAAAAGGGGACAUCCAUUAGGGAUAAGAUAAACCUUAGGAGAAAAAAGUUACAUUUCUUACCUAAUAUAGCAGAUUUUUCCGCGUCAAGCAUAUCCAGAGCCUUGGUGAAAGGCUCUGCCAUUUUGGCUAGCAUUUCUGGUGCAUAUAAUGUAUUGUGGGUUCUGAAAGAAACAAGAAUGCUAUUGAGCUUUUCCAUCUGAUGCAGAAGGAAAGAGUGGGUUUUGCUUGUAAUCCAGUGAUACUACAGUUCCACACAGAUCUGCCCAUCAACUCCUGGCAGGGGAAAGAAAAGAAGGUAUAAAUAUCUGAAUGCUCGCUGGAGGAGGGAACAGACUUGUAUAGAUAUAAUUAUCUUAAGUAUACAAUACCUAAGAUAAAUUAACAUGAGAACUAAACCCCAAGACACAGGACAGUAUCAGAGUCCAAAGCUAGAAAGCAAAAUUCUUUUAAAUCUGAGGUGGUCCCAGGAGUUUUUUGACCACCAGUGAUACGGAAUGAAAUGUGUGCAACACUGUGGAUUUACCAGGCAGGAACACAGAGGAGGUGGUAAUUUGCCCCAUUUUUCAAUGUUUUGUCUUAAUUCCAAGAGCAUGGACCUUGCAACAGCUGUUUGGACCUGAUAGAGGAACACAAUUCCCAACACAUGCUGUCCCCCACCAAAAUGACCUACCUGAGCAAUUAUAGGCUUUGAGUAAGGAGCAAGGACUGUGAACUUGAUACACCUGCUGUCCACAGCACUCUUACCUACUCACAGAAAUGACCUCACUGAACAAACUGAUGGCUACACGGUUAAGAUGUAAACUGAAAACAUCUUUUAGAUCAUGUUUAAACCUCCAUAGUUUGUUCUUUUUGUUCUUGCUUAAGAAGUCAUUCUAGGCUGGGCUCGGUGGCUCACGCCUAUAAUCCCAGUACUUUGGGAGGCCGAGGCUGGCGAAUUACCUGAGGUCAGGAGUUCAAGACCAGCCUGGCCAACAUAGUGAAACCCCGUCUCUACUAAAAAUAUAAAAAUUAGAUGGGUGUGGUGGUGCAUGCGUGUAAUCCCAGUUACUUGGGAGGCUAAGGCAGGAGAAUUGCUUGAACCCGGGAGGCAGAGGUUGUGGUGAGCCGAGAUCAUACCACUGCACUCCAGCCUGGGCAACAGAGUGAGACUCCAUCUCAAAAAAACCCCCCAAAGGCCAGGCGCAGUGGCUCACGCCUGUAAUCCCAGCACUUUGGGAGGCUGAGGUGGGUGGAUCACGAGGUCAUGAGAUCGAGACUAUCCUGGCUAACACGGUGAAACCCUGUCUCUACUAAAAAUACAAAAAAUUAGCCGGACGUGGUGGUGGGUGCCUGUGGUCCCAGCUACUCGGGAAGCUGAGCUUGCAGUGAGGCAAGACUGCGCCACUGCACUCCAGCCUGGGCAACAGAGCGAGACUCCGUCUCAAAAAACAACAACAACAACAAAACCCCCAAAAACAGAAGUGAUUCUAUGGCUGGGCCCAGUGGCUCACGCUUGUAAUCCCAGCACUUUGGGAGGCCAAGGUGGGUGGAUCAUCUGAGGUCAGGAGUUCAAGACCAGCCUGGCCAACAUGGUAAAACCCAGUCUCUACUAAAAAUAUAAAAAUUAGCCAGGUGUGGUGGUGGGUGCCGGGCAUGGUAGCUACAGGUUUAUGAUGCAAACUGAAAACAUCUUUUAGACCAUGUUUAAGCCUCCAUAGUUUGUUCUUUUUGUUCUUGCUUAAGAAGUUAUUCUAGAGGCCGGGCGCGGUGGAUCACGAGGUCAGGAGAUUGAGACCAUCCUGGCUAACAUGGUGAAACCCCAUCUCUACUAAAAAUACAAAAGCUAAAUUAGCCAGACAUGGUGGCGGGCGCCUGUAGUCCCAGCUACUCGGAAGGCUGAGGUGGGAGAAUGGCGUGAACCCGGGAGGCGGAGCUUGCAGUGAGCUGAAAUCGCGCCACUGCACUCCAGCCUGGGUGACAGAGCGAGACUCCAUCUCAAAAAAAAAAAAAAAAAAAAAAACUCAUUCUAGGCCGGGCGCAGUGGCUCACGCCUGUAAUCCCAGCACUUUGGGAGGCCAAGGCCGGAGAAUCACCUGAGGCCAGGAGAUCAAGACCAGCCUGGCCAACAUGGUGAAACCCUGUCUCUACUAAAAAUAUAAAAAUUAGACAAGUAUGGCGGUGCAUGCCUGUAAUCCCAGCUUCUCCGGAGGCUGAGGCAGGAGAAUCACUUGAACCCAGGUGAGCCAAGAUCAUGCCACUGCACUCCAGCCUGGGUGACAGAGCGAGACUCCCUCUCAAAAAAAAAAAAGUCAUUCGCUACCCUGGCCAGGCACAGUGACUCAUGCCUGUAAUUCUAGCACUUUGGGAGGCCAAGGCAGACGGAUCACCUGAGGUCAGGAGUUUGAGACCAGCCUGGCCAACAUGGUGAAACCCUGUCUCUACUAAAAAUAUAAAAAUUAAUUAGCCGGGCGAGGUGGCGGGCGCCUGUAGUCCCAGCUACUCGGGAGGCUAAGGCAGGAGAAUGGCGUGAACCUGGAGGCGGAGCCUGCAGUGCGCGCCACUGCACUCCAGCCUGGGCAACAGCGAGACUCCGUCUCAAAAAAAAAAAAAUAAAUUAGCCGGGUGUGGUGGUGCAUGCCUAUAAUCCCAGCUACUUGAGAGGUCAAGGCAUAAGAAUCGCUUGAACCCAGGAGGCGGAAAUUGCAGUGAGCCGAGAUUGUGCCACUGCACUCCAGCCUGCGCAACAGAGUGAGACUCCAUCUCGAGAAAAAAAAAAAAGUCAUUCACUAACCUCAUGCUGUAAAUACGGUCUAGAAGUUUUACUUUGGCCAGAUGCAGUGGCUUAUGCCUGUAAUCCCAGCACUUUAGCAAGCCGAGGUGGGUGGAUCACGAGGUCAGGAGUUCAAGACCAGUCCCUGGCCAACAUGGUGAAACCCUGUCUCUACUAAGAAUACAGAAAUUAGCCAGGCAUGGUGGCACACGCCUGUAAAUCCCAGCUACUCAGGAGGCUGAGGUAGGAGAAUCGCUUGAACCCAGGAGGCAGAGGUUGCAGUGAGCCAAGGUCGCGCCACUGCACUCCAGCCUGGACGACAGAGUGAGACUCUAUCUCAAAAAAAAAAAAAAAAAAGAAGCUUUACUUUUUGGGUUUUAAAACACCUGAAAAUUUUUUCUGUGUGUGGUGGCUGGUAGGAAUCUAAUUGUUUUUUCUAACACGGUGAAACAGACAAUAUGGUGUCUGUCCUCGACAACUCAACUCUGCAUAGAAAGCCAACUGUCCCAGCAUGGAAUAAUUGAUUUUUGUUUUUUGUUUUUUAAAGAGACAGGGUCUCACUCUACUGCCCAGGCUGGAUUGCAGUGGUGUGUUCAUAGCUCACUGCAGCCUCAAACUCCUGGGCUCAAGUGGCCCUUCCACCUCAGGCUCCCGAGUAGCUGGGACUAUAAGUGUGCAUCACCACAAGUGAAUAAUUAAAACUUUUUUUUUUUUUUUUUUUUGUAGAGAAAGUGUCUGUGUUGCCCAGGCUGGUCUCAAACUCCUGGCCCCAAGAGAUCCUCCUGCCCUGGCCUCCUAAAGUGCUGAAAUUAUAGGCAUGAGCCACUAUUCACAGCCAUCUUUUUCUAACUUUCAUUACUUCUGUCAUAGAUCAACCUGUAAUACAUACCUGGGAGUCUUUUAAAGACUAAACCUUUACUAUUGUGUUGAACCCAUCAUCAUCUACAAAGGAUUAUCUGCUAAAAAACUGAACUGGGAUGAGGUCAGUUUUCUAGACCAGAGGUCACAUUCGUACAUGUUUUAAUCUUGGCCAGCAAUAUGGUGUCUGUCCUCGACAACUCAACUCUGCAUUGAAGCGCAAUAGCAGCCAUAAACAGUAGGUAAAUGAAUGGCCAAGGUAUGUUCCAACGGAAGUUUACUUACGAACAUGUAGAGACUUGCAUUUGGUCCUCAAGCUGCAGAGUGCCAUAUGUCCUCUAGACAUAUUCACGUGUAACAAAAUAACAAAAAUAAAGGAAAGUAGACAAGAUCAAACAAUACUCCAGAGAUGCAAUCAUCAAAAUUUCACCAGGGGAAACUCUGGAAAUACAAGUCCACAUUUUUCAACAAAUAAAUUGAAAAGAAAAAGAGGGCCAGGCAUGGUAGCUCACGGCUGUAAUCCCAGCACUUUGGGAGGCUGAGGCAGGUGGAUCAGUUGAGCUCAGGAGUUCGAGACCAGCCUGGGUAACAUGGCAAAACCCUGUAUCUACUAAAAAUACAAAAAAUUAGCCAGGCGUGGUGGCGCACACCUGUAAUCCCAGCUACUCGAGAGGCUGAGGCAGGAGAAUUGCUUGAUCCUGGGAGGCGGAGGGUGCAGUGAGCUGAGAUAGCACCAGUGCACUCCAGCAUGGGCGACAGAGCAAGACUGUCUCAAAAAAAAAAAAAAAAAAAAAAGGCAAGGAACUUAUAAAUUUAGAGCCUAAGAGACACCUUUUUUUUUUUUUUUUUGAAACAGAGAUUUGCUCUGUCGCUCAGGCUGGAGUACAAUGGCGUGAUCUCAGCUCAGUGCAACCUCCGCCUGCUGGGUUCAAGUGAUUCUCGUGCCUCAGCCUCCCAAGUAGCUGAGACUACAGGUGCGCACCACCACACCUGGUUACUUUUUUAAAUUUUUAGUAGAGAUGGGGUUUUGUCAUGUUGGCCAGGUUGGUCUCAAACUCUUAGCCUCAAGGAUCCGCCUGCCUCGGCCUCCCAAACUGCUGAGAUCACAAGCGUGAGGCACCACGCUAAGCCUAAUUUAGUGACUAAGAGAUAUCUUAAAUAUAUAUAAACCUUGUGUGGAUAAACAGAAAAAAGGAAAACAUUCGGUGAUAUUUGAAUACUGAUUGUAUACUGGAUAUUGAAUUACUGGUAGUAUUUUGAGAUAUAACAAUGGAAAUGUGGUUAUAUUAAAAGACUUAUUACUAGCUCCAUAUUGCUUUUGAUUUGGGAUUUUCGUCUCUAUGUUUACAAGUGAUUUAGGCCUAUAAUUUUCCUCUUUGGUACUGUUAAUGUCUGGUUUUGGUAUCAAAAUAAAUAAGCCUCAUAAAAUGAGUUAUGGAGCACUA